AUGUCUAGUAGGCAACUAGAUCUUUGGAAGUUGAAACAGAAAAAGAAGAAACAACAAACUGUGGAUGGAUCUUCUGGGUCUGUGUCUCAAGAAUGGUUUAUGCCUGAAAAGGUGAGUGGCUUUUAUGGCCUACUCUUUGAAUUUGCUAACAAACGAUUUGUUGUUCAUGAACUGGUUAUGCUGGUGGAGGAUGUUGAUUUUUAUUUUGAAGAAGUGCCCUUAACUCCUCCUAAAGACGAAGUUGACUGUGUAGCAGAUGAUGCCAUCAAGAUUCCAAAAGACAAGCUAGGAGACAUGUUGGCACAAGUGAUGAAGGAUAAUGGGAUUCGUCGCGAGGACAUCCGACGCGUCAAAGAUGGUGAUGAAACACGCUUUGGAUAUGUCACUUGUGACACUGAGACCGGAGUUGAGGAGAUUGUGCUUUUCAAGAAAUGA